CUCUGUUACGCAUGCGUACUGUUGACUUGAUGCCGGCGAGAGGACCCGAUUAGGUGAAAAGUUGCCGUGUUUUACGGUGGAAAAGAUCAACUGAAGCAGCCAUGGCAACCCUUAAACUCAUCGCCACCCGGCUGAAGUCCAUCAAGAAUAUUCAGAAGAUUACCAAGUCCAUGAAGAUGAUAGCUGCUGCCCGCUAUGCCAAGGCAGAAAGGGAUCUACGACCAGCAAGAUCUUAUGGUGUUGGAGCUACAGCACUGUAUGAAAAGGCAGAACUUGAACCAGAGCUAGGAAAGCCAGAGCACCUUAUCAUUGGUAUAUCCAGCGACCGUGGUCUCUGUGGUGGUAUCCACAGCAGUGUUGCCAAGGCUAUACGAGCAUCCAUCAAUGCGAAACCAGAGGGAGUCAAUUCUAAGAUUGUCUGUGUGGGGGAUAAAGUCCGCACCCAACUGGUCAGAACGCACAGGAACUACUUGGCCCUUGCUGUCAAUGAAUACGGCCGCAAGUCUCCAUCAUUUGUUGAGGCAUCUAAAAUUGCAGCAGAGAUUCUGAGUUUAGGAGACUUUGACUCUGGGGAAAUUCACUUCAAUAGAUUCAGGAGUGUCGUAUCGUACAAUACAUCUGUACAGCCUCUUGUGUCAAUGGAGACCAUGAAAUCGGCAGAUACGAUGACUGUGUACGAUGAUGUUGAUGAGGAUAUCUUGAGGAAUUACAAUGAGUUCCAGUUGGCUAGCAUCCUGUACUUCUGCAUGAUGGAAAGUAGUUGCAGUGAACAGAGCUCAAGAAUGACUGCUAUGGACAGCGCUACCAAGAACGCCGGUGAAAUGAUCGAAAAGUUGACGCUUAAAUUCAACCGUACCCGACAGUCAGUCAUCACUAGAGAGUUGAUUGAGAUCAUUUCUGGUGCUGCAGCUUUGGAAUGAUCUAUUCAUUUGAAGAAAGUAAAUACCUAAUGUUAUAGUUUGAUGAUGAAACCCCCCAACGGUUAGUGUGAUUUACAAAGCUGAGCUCUAACACGUUUUAAAUGUUUGUCAAUUUAAGAAAGAUGGAUACAUGCCCUGUUUAGAGGGGAUAAUGUUUGUGCAAAUGUUUUAUUCUAUGUAUAGGACUUCACAUUAUUGUUCAUUCUGCAGGCUUUUUUCAGGUUUUCUUAAAUUAGAUUUCAGUAUCGGUUAAACAAAAAGUUUGAUACAGUUGGAAAGAUCCUGCAGUCAACAAAGGAAGGGUUUGGGGACAAUUAUAAUUUGGAUGUAAAAGAAAUCCAAUGUUUGGCAAUAAAAUCCAUAUCCAUGACAUAUUUGUUUUAAAAGAUAGUAAAAAUUCAUUUAAUGACCCGGUGUGCUUGGCCUAAUUUUUAUGGCUCUGCUUACAGUAGAAUUCUGCGCUUGCAUCUUAAAAAUGAUGUGCUUUACAGGGCGCAGUAAGCACAGGAUUCUGUGAUAAACAGUGGCAUGAAAUAUUGGACCCUGUUUAGAUGAACAUUAUACUUCACGACCAAAAACUUGAUUCAUUGUAAAACAAAACAUUCUCAUGAAAACAGUUGGACCAUUUAUUGUUCACCGCGUUACUAACAUGAGUUUAGAACUAAACAAAAGGUCAUACAUAUUGUUUUUCGCAUGGUACAAUACAGCUUUUUAGGGGGACAAAUCCAUAGACUACCCCCCCCCCCCUCCAACGUUUCAGGUCCUAUUACUUAUGAAUUGUUUGAAAGAAUCUAUAGUUUGACAUGCUCCUAAUGUGUGAAUUGAUUUACAGAUUAUAGAAAUAAAUUUUAUGAGCGUCUGGUUGUUCAGACCCUUGAAGAGA